AUGAAGGAUGAAGUCAAGACAUCAUCCUCCAUCCAGCAAAUGGCUAAUCAUCUUCAGAGCAACUCCGCUAGAGGAGCCAGGGUCCAGAGGGUUGAUCCUCCUUUCUGGCCUCGUUUGGGUCGGUUCCGGUUUGGCUGCCCGGGGGUGGGCAUUGCUCAGCAGCCCCCGGGAGGCACGGGAGAGAGUGGACGAAGGGAGGUUUGUGCACUCUGGAUGUGGUUGAUCGCCACAACUGAACUGGGGACACAAGCAGGAAAAGGGAGGGGAAAGACACAGAAAGAGAGAGCCAGAGGAGAGGAAAGAGAGGCGGGGAGCAUGGAAUUAUGGAUCGCUGCGUACGGCAGCCGUAAGAGGGUCACGGUGGCUAAAACAGUUCUAGUUAGUCCGUGGUUGGUACUGGAGGUUGGUCACCACUGCUGUACGGGCGAGGCUUGCUUAGAUUGGAGACUGGAGCAACCCGCGAGGUGUGAGGUAGUGAUGGCAAGGAUACUUACUCUGCAAAGUAAGUCUGGUACCGGGUUCAGCUUUGGGUUGGCUCGGGUUGUCAUGGGCAAAAUGCAGCUAUGUGCCAAAACGUAUGAGAACAGACUGAGUGGUUGGGCAGUCUGGUUGCAACUAACUCGAAGUGGAUUAACCCCUCCGGCCCAGACAG